AUGUCGAGCGCAAUCUUUACAACGUCAAAAGGACCACAUCUAAAGAAGAGGCAGCAUUCGUCUGCUUCUGUCCAAAGCAGGAAGUCCGAGACGCCAUUUGAGUCCAUUCUCAAUCUUACAACAUGUCAUUUGUGCAAGAAGGACAUGUGUUGUCCUAAACAUUUACCGUGCAUUCAUUCAUUCUGUGAAUCUUGUAUAGAGUUAUAUGUUCAACAAAUUAAGGAUACAAAAUCUUCUUCGCAUGUUUCCUGUCCGGUUUGCGAAAUGCCUGCCGCCACUGUUUCGAAUAUGUCUGCUAAAGAAUUUGCCGAGAAUCUUCCAACUAGUACAUUAAUUUCUACAUUGAUGAGUAGAAAAUGUGCGUCUUCGCCAUCUUGUAAUCGUUGUAAGGAACGUGGAAGGGAAUCCAAGGCUUCUUCAUGGUGUGGCUACUGUGCUCAGGCUCUGUGUGAUGAACAUGCUGACUAUCAUAAAGAUUUAACAACAACUAAACUCCGACAUCCGGUUGUUAGGCUUAAAGAGAUGCUUACUCCUGGAAAUUUUGAGUUCGUUCGCAAAUGUAAAUACCAUCAUAAUGAAGAAAUGACUCAUUUCUGCAAAGAGGAAUGGACGCCAUGCUGUCCGAUUUGUGCAAAGGUCAUGCAUAAAGGUUGCACUGUAGUUCUUUUACAUCAAGUUGCUAUCAAUAUAAAAAUGGACCCUAGUACUAUGAGGCUGCGUAAAGCCGUAGACACUUUAGAAACUGAAACGGAGAAACUUUUUCAAGGUCGAAUGCAAAAUAAAAAGAAACUGGAUGACCAAUUGAAAUUUGAGCAGGGAAGACUUCGAGAAUUUAGAGAAAAGAUAAAUACCCAUUUAGAUGAAUUGGAAGAUAAUUUGGCCACAGAACUCGAUGCAUUCCACACACAAAAACAAACAGAACUCGAAAAGGAAGCAAAGACAUUCAAAACAAAGAAUAACACAUUGAAUUUCUAUAAAAUGCUCUUGGACAGCAUCCAAGAAAAUUCUGGUAAUACUCAGGCAGUGCAAGAACUAGCAGCCAUUCGCAUGCAGACAAAGGCCAUGGAGGACGAGAUCAAAAUGGUAUCGGCUAGAUUAAAAUCGAUUGACAUAACUGUUGAAUAUCCGUAUGAUUUAGUCAAAUCUACAACUCGCCUUGGAUCAAUUCAGCAAAAAGUGGCACACAUUGGACGCGUUGGAACACCAAAAUCUACUGCAAGAUCCACGCCAAGAUCAUUUAAAAGUUAA